AUGGCAAAAAAUGCGUUACCCCCGGGUCCUAUUGGACUACCAUUUAUCGGGUAUAUGCCAUUUCUUAAGGGCGAGCCCUCCAGAGUGUUCGUACAAUUGGCCAAAAAAUACGGACCAGUUUUUGGCCUGCAAAUGGGUUCGCAACCAGUGGUGGUUCUCAACGACUGGCCGUCAAUAAAAGAGGCACUUUCUCACAAUUCGGCUCUACAUCGGCCUAAACACAACUUCUUUAACACUGCAUUUCCUGCGGGGUUUGCGGCAAUUAGUGGCGACGACUGGAAAGUACAAAAACGGUUUACUUUCCAUCAGUUAAAAAAUCUUGGUUUUGGUAAGACAUCGAUGGAGGACCACAUCAUCGAUGAGAUCAAUCAUAUGUGUCAAGUGUUGGACGCGAAAGAGGGACAGGAACUUGAGUUCAGGACUAUAUUCCCGAUUAGUGUUUCAAAUAAUGUAAAUUCCCUUAACUUCGGGCGACGUUUUGAUUAUACGGACAGUAAAAAGAAAGCGAUCGAUGAGUUCCUGAAAAUGGACCCGAGUAUUAACAUAACAGGGUUCAUUGCCUUUUAUCCCAUUUUAGCACGAUUUCUAUUGAAAUAUCUAACAUUUCUAUUGCCCUCAUCUCUACAAAACACUACUAAUAUUGUUAAGGGAGUGACAGAUAUUAUCAGGACUGAAUACGAAACACAUGUGAAAACAUUUGAUGAAAACAAUAAUAGGGAUUAUUUAGAUGCUUUUAUCGCUGAAUUGCGAGUGAAUAAGCAUGACAAUAUGCUGGCGGGAAAUGCCUUUGAUUUGUUUAUUGGCGGCUCGGCUACUGUAUUGAUGACCCUCGAGUGGGCGCUAUUGGUUUUGGCCACUAAUCCACAAAUACAACAACACUUACACAAAGAGAUUGAUGACGUGAUCGGCGGUGAAAGGAGUCCUACGUUUGCCGAUAAAAACCAAAUGCCUUUUUUACAGGCAUUCAUUGCGUCUAAAGAUAUGGUAAUCUCAGGAUUCAAAAUACCAAAAGACACUCAAAUUUUGGUCAACUUCUGGGCCAUUGAUAACGACCCAAACCUUUGGGAUAAUCCAUCGGAAUUCAGACCCCAAAGGUUUCUCAGCGAAAAUCUCAAGACAUUCAAAAAACCCGAGCAUUUGAUACCAUUUUCAUACGCUUCACUAAUGCAAAGGUGUUGUGCAUUAGGGAAGAGGUCGUGUCCGGGAGAGGGCUUAGGAGUUGUCGAAGUGUUUCUAUAUCUGAGUUCUUUGCUUCAGAAAUACGACAUCAAAGCCAACCAUAAAACCGAUCAAAACCUUGAAUAUGAGUUUCAUCUGUUAAUCACUCCGAAACACAAUACUGUCUUCAAUAUCACUAAAAGACACAAAACAACGUUUCGCAGAGCGGAUGAAUCGGGUAAACGCGGGUAG